AUGGUUCGAUACGCUGCCACCGAGAUCCAGUCCUCGAAGUCGGCCCGCGCCCGCGGUGCCUACCUCCGAGUGUCUUUCAAGAACACUCGCGAGACCGCCCAGGCCAUCAACGGCUGGAAGCUUCAGCGCGCUGUUACCUUCCUCGAGAACGUCAAGGAGCACAAGGAGGCCGUCCCCAUGCGACGAUAUGCCGGCAGCACUGGCCGCACCGCCCAAGGCAAGCAGUUCGGUGUCUCCAAGGCUCGAUGGCCCGUCAAGUCCGCCGAGUUCCUCCUCGGCCUCCUCAAGAACGCUGAGGCCAACGCUGAUGCCAAGGGUCUCGACACCGGUGCCCUGAUUGUCAAGCACAUCCAGGUCAACCAGGCCCCCAAGCAGCGACGAAGGACAUACCGUGCCCACGGUCGUAUCAACCCCUACAUGUCCAACCCCUGCCACAUCGAGCUCAUCCUGACCGAGGGUGAGGAGGUUGUCCAGAAGUCCGAUGCUGUUGUCGAGCGCGAGCACCUCAACUCGCGCCAGCGCGGUGCCCGUCUCCGCAAGGCUAUCACCGCCGCUUAA